UUCAAGAUGUCUGCGCCCAUGAACAGAAGCAACAAGGCAACAUGAAGCGAGCGUUUAAUUCUUUUCAGUCAGACAGUGUUCUGCGUAGUGUUCCUGACUUAAGAAAUGAUUUUUGCAAUUUUAAAGAAAGUAACACAAAAGGACAAGCAGACGGUUUCGCAGACGCUCUCACCGUCUGGAUAAACAAACCACACGUGAUAAACAGACGAUUAUGUGGGUCGAGGAUAGAGAAGAUUAUAUAUUACACCUGUCAGAAUGGCGACUCACAACUACAGACGACUUUUGAGUCUGCGGUGGCUGAGGUUUUGAGUAAGAAGACGUUAAUCAAUCUAAAUACGAAAGAAGAUGAUUUAUGUAAGGAGGUCCCCAGUCUGUCCACCAUCCCGGAGGGAGAAGGUGUGGUCAUUGUCCGAGGUAUACACCCCAAAAGGGACGAUUCACACCCAGUGGUCAGGGAAAUUAUAUGCUAUGAUGCCACCCUAAGGAGUGCCUGGUUUUGUCCAGUAACCGACACUUACAAGCAGAAGGCUGUUGAAGCUUCCAGAAAUCUGUGUUACCAACUUGUCCAUCAAGUGGUCAACACGAAGCCAAGAAUUAUAUUUAGGGUUUGCAAAACUGAAAAUGACAAUUGGCGUUCAGAUACGGAACCAGCUGAAAGUGAACCUGUCAAAACAAGACCAGAUCAAUGUGUCUCUAACACUGAACCAGACGAUGGUGAAACAGUCGAGGAAGGACCUGAUUCAUAUACUUCUAAGACUGAAGCCACUGCUGAACAAGACACGUCAAUAAUUCUGUCAGAUAUUUGGCUAACAAAUAUUCUGCUACCAAAGAUCGCAAAUUGGAGUGAACAGAAAAAUUUGGAGACAACAGUUAAGUCUCUUCGUCUGGUGAGGAUAGACCAGUACAACACUCUGUACAACCAACUCAAAGUCAAGUACGGCAAGAAGUUUGUAGAGUGCUGGCCUGAGAAAACAGAUCCUGCAAAAUUUGUUUAUGAAGAUGUUGGCAUAGCAACAUACCUAUUGUUAAUCUGGGAACAAGAAAGGAAGGAGAAGAAUUUAAAGGAGAAGCAAUCGUUUGUAGACAUGGGAUGUGGAAAUGGACUACUUGUUCACAUCCUGUCUUCUGAAGGUCACCCAGGUGUUGGUUUAGAUGUACGGAAGAGAAAUAUUUGGGACUUAUAUGGCCUGGAGACUCGCCUUAAGGAAGAGACAAUCAUUCCGUCCUGCGACUCCUUGUACCCGCAGUAUGAUUGGCUGAUUGGUAACCAUAGUGAUGAACUAACGCCCUGGAUACCAGUCAUGGCAGCAAGGUCAUCAUACACCUGUCGUUACUUUGUGUUGCCUUGCUGCCCAUUUGACUUUGACUGCAAGUUCAACAAGAAAGUGAGUGGACAGAGCAGUUACCGCUGUUUCCUUGACUGGGUGAUAGAGGUGGGACAGGUCUGUGGCUUCCAGGUGGAGGAGGACACCCUCAGGAUCCCCUCCGUCAAACGGGUGUGCUUCAUUGGGAAAAUCAGAACCUACAGUGAAAAGGAGGAAUCUGCCAUAGAUACCAAAAGAACAAUGUAUAUCAAAAACCGCUGUGAUAAAACAGGUUUAAAGGGAGAUAAGCAGGACUUUACUUCAAAAACUGGCUCAACAGAACUUUCGAACUUGGACCACAAUCAUGAUUGUCCUAGUGAUAGUAAGAAGCUAAGACUUGAAGGAGAAAACCCAGAUGGGCAACCAUGGACGUCAACAUUCAAGCCUCGGGAAAGUACAGAACGUACGCGCAACUGCCAACAUGUAAAAAAGGAAAUAAAGGAUUUAAUUGUGAACAAGGUGUUUGCUAGGGUUAUGGAAUCUGAGGAUGCAGAGGUGCGUCAAACAGAAGACGGAAGAACAUGGCACAAGGGAGGAUCUGUACCGUUAUCAGAAGUAGCUCAGAUGUUUGACCGUCAAGUGCUGAUUGAAAUGAAGUCGGAAUGCGGAGGUCUACAAACACUACUCAGAAACCACAACAUGGUCUUCAAUGUGUCUGGUGGCAAGGUGCAGCUAAGAGACCUGACUCUGUCACAACCUUUUAGUAAAGCCUCACAGCUAGGCCAGACCAAAAAGAUUAAAACAUUGCUGUGCUGGUUUCACUCCCAUCACCCGGACGGAUGUCCUCGGACCAAAGCCUCAUGUCUGUUUGCUCACGGAGAGGAGGACCUGCUACCAAACGAAAAGAAAACAUUGUCUAAUAGAACUGUUUCUCAGAUUACAUAAUUCCAUUUUUCAACUAAUUAUGGAUGGACGAUGACAAAAUUGUGUAAUUUCUACCAGGUAUUAAAUUUUGCAAAAACAAAAAGAUAUAAAGAACAGAACAUGUUCAUUUUCUAUGGUCCAUUUAUUUGUUAUUUCUUCCAUAUUUUCUGAUCUUGAAAUUUUAGAAACAACUUUUUUUAACAUUGUCAAAAUCACCCUGAUCUUAAAGCAUUUGUAACAUGUUACAUGUAAGUUGCAAUUAUUUAUAUAUAACUCUUUUGUCUUCAUUAAAUAAAUAUAAAAACAAUUUUACUAUUUUUAUUGGGAUUGAGAGAUAUAUAUAGCAUAUGUCUGGUUCCCUGAGAAUAAGCCUAUUUCCUGAGUCAAAGCCAUGGGAAAUAGACCUGGUGGUGGGGAACCAGAUUUCUUUUGUAUUGAAUUGAAAAUAUAUUUGUUCAUGAAAUGAAAUUUUAGAAUGCUUUUGUUUGUGCUUUUGGUUAUAUGUAAGAUGUUAAAACCAUGUCUCGUAACUUAAUGAGAUUGAAUAUUACACAUAAUUAUACUAUUUACAGAUGAGAAGAUUUUCUAAUUCAAAGCAUGAUACAUCCACUAUAACAGUAAUAACGUCACAAUUAAAAUGCUUAAUGAUGACUUUUUUACCAAAUGUUAUCACUUAUAGUACAUCACAUGCAAAGAUAAAUAAAAUGUAU